CGAAGCUCGGGUAUAACAUUUGGUAUCAAAGCUAAGUGUUGAACAUCCCCAAGGGCCAUUCACCAUCCCUACCAAGAAGUAAGCAUUUUUGAGCUCAAAACUCCCUUCCUCUCUCCCUAAACCCCACAGCCAAACUAAACUGCCCUUCUCACCUUUUUCCCACUUCAACCAUGUCAAAUGAAUCCCAACCCAUGUCCCAUGAAGAGCUUGUUACCUCCAACGCAGCCUUGAAGGCCCAAGUUGAAUACUUGGCCAAAGAAGUGGCUAAGUUCACCAAGAUAAAGCUCAACGCCCUUCAAGGAAGUGAUCAUGAGGAUGAUGCUAGCACCAGUAGCACCAACAAGGCCAAAACUAAUGACGGGUCUGACUUCAAGGUUGAUGUCCCAACUUUUGAGGGAAAGAACGACCUGGACGAAUUUCUAGAAUGGCUAGAGACAGUGGAACGCGUUUUCGAUUUCAAAGAAGUUUCCGAUGAGAAGAAGGUCAAGAUAGUGGCCUUGAAGUUCCGCAAGGAUGCAUCUACUUGGUGGACUAAUACGUGCACCAAAUGAAGAAGAAACCACAAGGAGCCGGUGGCUACAUGGUCCAAAAUGAAGUCUCUCUUAAAGAAGAAGUUCUUGCUUGCUCAAUAUGUUCGUGAGAAUUUUGCCAAGCUUCAAACGCUUAAGCAAGGUUCUAAAUCGCUUGAAGAAUACACCCGCGAGUUCGAGGAACUCUUGCUAAGGUGUGACUUGCAAGAAGAUGAUAAACAAACCUUUGUAGGAUACCU